AGAUUUAAACAGGGUUGGUGAAUGUGGAGCUGGUUGGGUAUGCAUGCAGUGCAUCUGUAUGCUCUCAGCAUACUUGUCAUACACCGGGGCAAAAAGGAAACAGAAUGAACCCACCAAUCAAUGUGCUCCCAUGUUGAGGAGGAUCCCCUCUUCCUGCCUCCUAACACAUCACCAAAGGCUGAAGGAGAUGUGAUGCCUCAGAACAGCUGGCUCUGCCCACGGAUUUGGCAGUCGCUGCUCCUCCUGGAGCCCAGGAGACCCGAGAGAAGUGCUGGAGGUACAGCUGGAAGCCCGACACAAAGCUGUGCUCUGCUACUGAUCCUUGCAGCAGAAUCUCUGUGCUGUUUUCAGCCUGAGUGGUGGGAGAGGAAGGCUGCUGACGAAUGUGUUUUCCACAGAGUGCAUUUAAAGAUGUGUGAGCCAGAAAAGAUAAAACCAGGACAGGCCUGGACUCUUACCUGACUCUUAUUCACCGCAUCACGGCACGUUGUUUGAAGUCAGGACGGCGAGGAAUCCGGGAGCCGACAGCUGGCUGCAGUACCUCUGCUUCGUGGAGGCUGCCCAUGGCAGGAUCUGAUCCGUCAGCCCACACGAGAAUAAGUGUGCCAAGAAAGGAAAGGAAACUCAACUUAGUUUGAACUGGCUCUCAAAUUUCUCCUCCAGUCUACAAAGGCCAAACAAAUAUAAGACUCCAUCAGCUUUGAAAAGGAACUGAGCACUACAAUGGGACUCCCUUCCCAGGUUUUGGCCUGUGCCAUCUUAGGUUUGCUGUACCAGCAUGCCAGUGGUGGGCUCAUCAAGCGAAUUAUCCGGCAGAAGCGGGAGACUGGGCUCAAUGUGACCUUACCAGAGGAUAAUCAGCCUGUGGUUUUCAAUCAUGUCUACAACAUCAAGCUGCCUGUUGGCUCCCUUUGCUCUGUGGACCUGGACACAGCAAGUGGGGACGCAGACCUGAAGGCAGAAAUUGAGCCUGUCAAGAAUUACGAGGAGCAUACGGUGAAUGAGGGGAACCAGAUUGUCUUCACGCACCGCAUCAACAUUCCCCGCCGGGCCUGUGGCUGUGCGGCUGCCCCAGACAUCAAGGACCUGCUGAGCAGACUGGAGGAGCUGGAGGGGCUGGUAUCCUCCCUCCGGGAGCAGUGUGCCAGUGGGGCUGGAUGCUGUCCUAAUUCCCAGACAGCAGAAGGUCGCCUGGACACGGCCCCCUAUUGCAGUGGGCACGGCAACUACAGCACCGAGAUCUGUGGCUGCGUGUGCGAGCCAGGCUGGAAAGGCCCCAACUGCUCCGAACCGGCCUGCCCACGCAACUGCCUCAACCGCGGCCUCUGCGUGCGGGGCAAAUGCAUCUGCGAGGAGGGCUUUACCGGCGAGGACUGCAGCCAGGCUGCCUGCCCGUCUGACUGCAACGACCAAGGCAAGUGUGUGGAUGGGGUGUGCGUCUGCUUCGAGGGCUACACGGGCCCGGACUGCGGCGAGGAGCUCUGCCCCCACGGGUGUGGCAUUCACGGGCGCUGUGUGGGUGGACGCUGUGUGUGCCACGAGGGCUUCACUGGCGAGGACUGCAAUGAGCCUCUGUGCCCCAACAACUGUCACAACCGCGGGCGCUGUGUGGACAACGAGUGCGUCUGCGAUGAGGGCUACACGGGAGAGGACUGCGGCGAGCUGAUUUGCCCCAAUGACUGCUUUGACCGCGGGCGCUGCAUCAAUGGGACCUGCUUCUGCGAGGAGGGCUACACUGGAGAGGACUGUGGUGAGCUGACCUGCCCCAACAACUGCAACGGCAACGGGCGCUGUGAGAACGGGCUGUGUGUGUGCCAUGAGGGCUUUGUGGGGGAUGACUGCAGCCAGAAGAGGUGCCCGAAGGACUGCAAUAACCGCGGGCGCUGCGUGGAUGGGCGCUGUGUGUGCCAUGAGGGGUACCUGGGGGAGGACUGUGGGGAGCUGCGGUGCCCCAACGACUGCCACAACCGCGGGCGCUGCAUCAACGGGCAGUGUGUGUGUGAUGAGGGAUUCAUUGGGGAGGACUGUGGAGAGCUGCGGUGCCCCAACGACUGCCACAACCGCGGGCGCUGCGUCAAUGGGCAGUGCGAGUGCCACGAGGGAUUCAUCGGGGAGGACUGCGGGGAGCUGCGGUGUCCCAACGACUGCAACAGCCAUGGGCGCUGUGUCAAUGGGCAGUGCGUGUGUGAUGAGGGGUACACAGGGGAGGACUGCGGGGAGUUGCGGUGCCCCAACGACUGCCACAACCGCGGGCGCUGCGUGGAGGGACGCUGUGUGUGUGACAACGGCUUCAUGGGGGAGGACUGCGGGGAGCUGUCCUGUCCCAAUGACUGCCACCAGCACGGGCGCUGCGUCGAUGGGCGCUGCGUGUGCCAUGAGGGCUUCACUGGGGAAGACUGCCGGGAACGGUCCUGCCCCAAUGACUGCAACAACGUGGGCCGCUGUGUCGAGGGACGGUGUGUCUGUGAGGAAGGUUACAUGGGGAUCGACUGUUCUGAUGUGUCUCCUCCAACGGAGCUGACUGUAACGAAUGUAACAGAUAAAACGGUAAAUCUGGAAUGGAAGCAUGAGAAUCUCGUCAAUGAGUACCUUGUCACCUAUGUCCCUACCAGCAGUGGUGGCUUAGAUCUACAGUUCACCGUACCAGGAAACCAGACAUCUGCCACUAUUCAUGAGCUGGAGCCUGGUGUGGAAUACUUCAUCCGUGUCUUUGCAAUCCUUAAAAACAAGAAAAGUAUUCCAGUCAGUGCCAGAGUAGCGACAUAUUUGCCUGCUCCAGAAGGUCUGAAAUUCAAAUCUGUUAGAGAAACGUCUGUCCAGGUGGAAUGGGAUCCUCUGAGCAUUUCCUUUGAUGGCUGGGAGCUGGUCUUUCGUAAUAUGCAGAAAAAGGAUGAUAAUGGAGACAUAACCAGCAGCUUGAAAAGGCCGGAGACAUCAUAUAUGCAGCCAGGAUUGGCACCAGGACAACAGUAUAAUGUAUCCCUUCAUAUAGUGAAAAACAAUACCAGAGGACCAGGGCUAUCCCGAGUGAUAACCACAAAACUCGAUGCCCCUAGCCAGAUUGAGGCGAAAGAUGUCACAGACACCACAGCUCUGAUCACAUGGUCCAAACCCUUGGCUGAAAUUGAAGGCAUAGAGCUCACAUAUGGCCCCAAGGAUGUUCCAGGGGACAGGACUACCAUUGACCUCUCUGAGGAUGAAAACCAAUAUUCUAUUGGAAACCUGAGGCCACACACAGAAUAUGAAGUGACACUCAUUUCUCGGCGAGGGGACAUGGAGAGUGACCCUGCAAAAGAAGUCUUUGUCACAGACUUGGAUGCUCCACGAAACCUGAAGCGAGUGUCACAGACAGACAACAGCAUUACUUUGGAGUGGAAGAACAGCCAUGCAAAUAUUGAUAAUUACCGAAUUAAGUUUGCUCCCAUUUCUGGUGGAGACCACACUGAGCUGACAGUGCCAAAGGGCAACCAAGCAACAACCAGAGCUACACUCACAGGUUUGAGACCUGGAACUGAAUAUGGCAUUGGAGUGACAGCAGUGAGACAGGACAGGGAAAGUGCUCCUGCUACCAUUAAUGCUGGCACUGAUCUUGAUAACCCCAAGGACUUGGAAGUCAGUGACCCCACUGAAACCACCCUGUCCCUUCGCUGGAGAAGACCAGUGGCCAAAUUUGAUCGUUACCGCCUCACUUACGUUAGCCCCUCUGGAAAGAAGAACGAAAUGGAGAUCCCUGUGGACAGCACCUCUUUUAUCCUGAGAGGAUUAGACGCAGGGACGGAGUACACCAUCAGUCUAGUGGCAGAGAAAGGCAGACACAAAAGCAAACCCACAACCAUCAAGGGUUCGACUGCACAUCUAGUCACAACAUCUGGACAACCAGACAGUGCAACAUCAUUUAAUGCUACCAGUCCUGCUCCUACAGAGCUAAGUCACUUAGCAAACCCCAGCACUGGUCCCCAUGCUCUGCAUUCGGUGCCCACUGAUCUUCCCAUCUCAGAAGUCACUGAUGCUCUUCGUGACCUUAACAUAACCCACAGGACUUUCAGUAGUUUCACCCUGUCUUGGGCAGCACAGGAUGAGGUAUUUGAUCAGUUCCUUAUCACCCUGAAAGACCUGUCCAGUUUAAACAGAACGCAGGAAAUCUUUUUGCUGGGAAACCAACGAGAAACAGAAAUUACCAAUCUCACAGCUGGCACUCAAUACCAGAUUAACCUCCGUGGAAGCACUCAAGGCCAGCUCUCUUGGGCCCUGGAAACUCUAGCUGCUACAGAGGAAGAACCUGAGCUUGGAAACUUAUCAGUGUCAGAGACUGGCUGGGAUGGUUUCCAGCUCACCUGGACAGCAGCCGACGGGGCCUAUGAGAACUUUGUCAUUCAGGUGCAGCAGUCUGACAAUCCAGAAGAAACCUGGAACAUUACAGUCCCCGGCGGACAGCACUCUGUGAACGUUACAGGCCUCAAGGCCAACACACCUUAUAACGUCACACUUUACGGUGUGAUUCGAGGCUACAGAACCAAACCCCUUUAUGUUGAAACCACGACAGGAGCACACCCCGAAGUUGGUGAGCUAACCGUUUCCGACAUUACUCCUGAAAGCUUCAACCUUUCUUGGACGACCACCAACGGGGACUUUGACGCCUUUACUAUUGAAAUUAUUGAUUCUAACAGGUUGCUGGAGCCCAUGGAGUUCAACAUCUCAGGCAAUUCAAGAACAGCUCAUAUCUCAGGGCUUUCCCCCAGCACUGAUUUUAUUGUCUACCUCUAUGGGAUCUCUCAUGGUUUCCGCACACAGGCAAUAAGUGCUGCGGCUACAACAGUAGAGGAACCUCUCCUUAGCAAACUCACUGUAUCAAAUGCUACCUCAGACUCCAUGUUGCUCAUGUGGGAAGCACGGGACAAUGCCUUUGACCAUUUUAUUCUAGAAGUCAGAAACUCUGACUCCCCUUUGGACUCCCUGGUGCAAAUAGUGCCAGGGGCCUCCCGGCACUAUGUAGUCACCAACCUCAAAGCUGCCACUAAUUACACUGUCCAGCUCCAUGGUGUAGUUGAUGGGCAAGGUGGUCAGACCUUGACAGCACUGGCAACCACAGAGGCCAUGCCCCCACUGGAAAACCUAACUGUCUCUGAUAUUAACCCUUACGGGUUCACAGUGUCAUGGAUGGCAUCGGAGAAUGCCUUCGACAGCUUUCUUGUAGUCGUGGUGGACUCUGGCAAGCUGCUGGACCCACAGGAGUUCCUCCUUACGGGAGCCCAGCGGCAACUGAAGCUUAAAGGCCUUAUAACUGGCAUUGGCUAUGAGGUUAUGCUUUAUGGUUUUGCCAAGGGGCACCAAACAAAGCCCCUAAGCACUGUGGCUGUUACAGAGGCAGAACCCGAGGUGGACAACCUUCUGGUUUCAGAUGCUACCCCAGACGGCUUCCGUCUGUCCUGGACUGCAGAUGAUGGGGUUUUCGACAGUUUUGUUCUAAAAAUCAGGGAUACCAAAAGGAAAUCUGAUCCACUGGAACUCAUAGUACCAGGCCAUGAGCGCACCCAUGAUAUAACAGGGCUGAAAGAGGGCACUGAGUAUGAAAUUGAGCUCUAUGGAGUUAGCAGUGGACGGCGCUCCCAACCCAUAAAUUCAGUAGCAACCACAGUUGUGGGAUCUCCCAAGGGAAUCUCUUUCUCGGACAUCACAGAAAACUCUGCUACAGUCAGCUGGACACCCCCCCGCAGCCGUGUGGAUAGCUACAGGGUCUCCUAUGUCCCCAUCACAGGUGGCACUCCCAAUGUUGUUACAGUUGAUGGAAGCAAGACAAGGACAAAGCUGGUGAAGUUAGUCCCAGGUGUAGACUACAACGUUAAUAUCAUCUCUGUGAAAGGCUUUGAAGAAAGCGAACCCAUUUCUGGAAUUCUGAAAACAGCUCUGGACAGCCCGUCAGGACUGGUAGUGAUGAACAUUACAGACUCGGAGGCUCUGGCAACCUGGCAGCCUGCAAUUGCAGCUGUGGAUAAUUACAUUGUCUCCUACUCUUCUGAGGAUGAGCCAGAAGUUACACAGAUGGUAUCAGGAAACACAGUGGAGUACGACCUGAAUGGCCUUCGACCUGCGACAGAGUACACCCUGAGGGUGCAUGCAGUGAAGGAUGCGCAGAAGAGCGAGACCCUCUCCACCCAGUUCACUACAGGACUCGAUGCUCCAAAAGAUUUAAGUGCUACCGAGGUUCAGUCAGAAACAGCUGUGAUAACGUGGAGGCCUCCACGUGCUCCUGUCACUGAUUACCUCCUGACCUACGAGUCCAUUGAUGGCAGAGUCAAGGAAGUCAUCCUAGACCCUGAGACAACCUCCUACACCCUGACAGAGCUGAGCCCAUCCACUCAAUACACAGUGAAACUUCAGGCACUGAGCAGAUCUAUGAGGAGCAAAAUGAUCCAGACUGUUUUCACCACAACUGGUCUUCUUUAUCCUUAUCCUAAAGACUGCUCCCAAGCUCUCCUGAAUGGAGAGGUCACCUCUGGGCUCUACACUAUUUAUCUGAAUGGAGACAGGACACAGCCUCUGCAAGUCUUCUGUGACAUGGCUGAAGAUGGAGGUGGAUGGAUUGUGUUCCUGAGGCGUCAAAAUGGAAAGGAAGAUUUCUACAGGAACUGGAAGAAUUACGUGGCCGGCUUUGGAGAUCCCAAGGAUGAAUUCUGGAUAGGUCUGGAGAACCUCCACAAAAUCAGCUCUCAGGGGCAGUACGAGCUGCGUGUGGAUCUGAGAGACAGAGGUGAGACAGCCUAUGCUGUGUACGACAAGUUCAGCGUUGGAGAUGCCAAGACCCGGUACCGGCUGAGGGUGGAUGGCUACAGUGGCACAGCAGGUGACUCCAUGACCUACCAUAAUGGAAGAUCCUUCUCCACUUUUGACAAGGACAAUGAUUCUGCUAUCACCAACUGUGCUUUGUCAUACAAGGGUGCUUUCUGGUACAAGAAUUGUCACCGAGUCAAUCUGAUGGGCAGAUAUGGUGACAACAACCACAGUCAGGGUGUUAAUUGGUUCCACUGGAAGGGCCACGAAUACUCCAUCCAGUUUGCAGAGAUGAAGCUGAGACCCUCCAGCUUUCGGAAUCUGGAAGGAAGACGAAAGCGAGCAUAAAGCCUUGGGAUGGUGAAAGGGCUACGGGCAGGGCAACAUGGGGAGGGACAGAGAGCGGGGGGCAUGGGAGGAUCUCUGGCAUCACUGGGGUUAGGGGUGUGAGGAGCUGGUAGUCGUACCAAAGCAUCGCAACCCUUGGCACAAGAGCCCAAACAACGAGCCUUACGUGUCCCAGCAAUUCCAGCAGAGCAGCUCCAGCUCUGCCCACUGCUGAUGUCCUUCACACCAAAGACAACGAUCUCAAGGGUUGUAUGCUGUUUUCUUCAUUUUUCUUUUCUCAGCCUCUGGGAUGAAGUUCUUCCACGGUCUGACUAUCUCUUGGGUGGCCCAGGGUAGGGGAGGGAGAACAGCUUUGUAUAUUGGUAGUUUGUUUUAGAACCAGCCAUAUUUUUUACACACAGAAAUGUGUAUGAUUAAUUAUCAUUAUUAUUAUUAUUAGAUAUAAUUGAAAUCCUUUGGUCGUUGGAAAGCCUUUUUUUAUAUAUAUAUCAAGUACCACAGAGAAGAAGGGGGGGGGGGGGGGGGGGGGGAGAGGGAAAGCAGUACAUUUUUAAACUUGAGCAAAAAAAUUAAUAUUAUUAAUAUAAUGACAAAGUAAUAAUAAUAAUGAUAAUAAUAAGCUAAGUUUUUGUCAUUUUUAAGAGAACAAUGCUUUUGGGAACACAGCAGGACAGUGUCUGAUUGUAAAUUUCUUUUUUUAAAUAAAAGCACAAUUACUUUUAAAUAAAUUUCUACCUUUUUUUUUUUUUUUUUUCAUACUUGUUGAGUUGGUGCAUGUCCAGGGUAUCUGUACGUACAUGGGGAAGUAAAAGGCUGAAAAUGAUCAGGCUGCUGAGCCCGUACUGAAAACUGUUCCUUUUGUUAGUGGUUAGCUGUAAGAAUUCUGCUGGGUUUCUUGCAGCGAAAGGUCCUUAUGGAUUUGAUUUCUUUUAGAACACAUUUCUUUUCUUUUUCCUGCCCAAAAGCUUUUACACGUUUUUCUCAGUGUUACUGACCAACGCUUGCUCCAUCUAGGUGGGAAUAACUAACAAAAGAAAACAAGAAAAGCACAGAGUUGUUGUUAGGUACCAUUGGUGACUUUGAACACUUGUGUAAAUAAAGGGCUCUCUUUUUGUAUGAAUGAAACCUAUGUGUAGUUCCUCUGUAUCAUGCUCUUCAGUUGAAGACAAUAAAAGAUCUUUUGUUUUAA